AAUGAUGGCUUCGAAAAAAUUCUUUAUUGAUGAAGAAGAACUUUGUUGCGCAAUUUGUUUGGAUUUAUGGAUAGAGAAGGACAAUAGGGUAUUACCUUGUCAGCAUACUUUUUGUUUAGAAUGCUUAGAGAAUAUCUCUAACAAUUCUAUUAUAAAAUGCCCUACUUGUACGAAAUCUUUCAUCUCUCCGAUUGGCGGUGCAGUAAAUCUUCCAAAAAAUCCUUUGAAGCACGCUCUACAGAAAGAUGUAAAUAAGGAGAAACUUUGUACCAAGCACGAAAAAACAGCUAUUACGCCCAUAUUCGUUUGUUCAACGUGUAGGGAAGAGAACAUUUGCGAAGAUUGCUUUCAGCUUGAUCAUAGUCCGUCUAAAUGCAAAUUAAUAUCGUUAAAUCAUUUAGAACAGAAUAAUACUAUAUUUAGAAACGAAUGUCAGAAUAUCCUGGAUGAACAGAUGACUAAGGAGGAAGAGAAUAAGAUGAGAUUACACAACUAUGUCAUUGAGUUGAAAAACGAAUGUUUAGCAAAAAUUGAUAAAGUUGUCAAUAAGUUAGAGGAUGAAAUUAUCAGAUUCUACGAAUAUAAAAUGGCGUCUUUAAUGAGGAUAUCAGAAAAGUUGAAUGAUAAAUUUGUUGAUGAAUCAAAAAUCAAGGAAGAUAUUAAAGAAUUAUCGUAUUUAAAGUUAAUAGAAGAUAAUUCACCUAUAAUAUCUAUUGAUUGCCGAUUAAUUAGGAGUAAUUCAAAGAAAGAUAUUACAAAAAUACAUAAGGUUAAUACUUUUGAAAUAUUAAUGGAAAAGUUCUUUUUAACCGAUGAAGGACUUUACGAAUUGUUAGCGGAAGUCUAUCUGAAAGAUGAAAAUCAACUUUCUAUGAUCUACUUUCGCGAGCGAAAUGACAGCGAACCUAAAGUGUUCUUUCUGGAUAAAUUAAUAAUGAAGUUCGUUGUGACUGAUAGAAAUAUAUACGCUUUAUCAGCCAUCGAUGGUUCUUUAUUAAAAUGUUCUAAAGCUGAUCAUCAUCAACUGGAGUUUGAUACUCUAUUCGAUUCCGAAGCUAAAAUGAAGGUUAUCGACGAAAAAACCUUUUCGUAUUUUGAUAAAACUUCAACUAAACUCUUUGCAACUGAAGAUAAAGAUAACCACGAAUACGUUCUCACUUACGAAACAUUCGAUAUAAACGUAAUUUUCUUCUUUGAAGAUAAUUCUCUUAAAUGGACAAAAAAGAUAUUUAAUCAUGUAGAAAAUUUUUGCCUUAUGGGUAAUGGUUCAAUAGUAACAUCAUUUGGAAAUCAAUUAACCAUUCUUGAUAAGAAUAGCGGAAAAGAUUUACAUAUCUUAAAGUUAAAUAACUUUGCUAUAUCCACAAUCUGCUACUUGAAAACAGGUAAUCUCAUUAUUCAAACGGAUGAACUAUCGGAAUUGAAACUUUUCACCAACGAUUUAAAAUUUCGUCAAAAUCUUCAUCUUCAUAGCGAACGAAAGUGUAAAGGAGUUACUAAAUCCGGUUUACUCUGUCUAAAUUCCAGUGUAUAUAAAAACGUUAUUCACCUAUACAAAUUAAUUUAG